AUGGCUAUUGAUAAAGCUUUAUUUAUUGCAGCAGAAUAUAAAGAGGUCAGAGAUGUGAGGCAUCUGAGGAAGACACAAUACUCUUGUUGGCAGCCUCCAUCUUCAGGUAAUUUGAAGCUCAAUGUGGAUGGAGCAAUUUUUGAAGAUCAGGAUAGAGCUGAUGUAGGAAUGUUGUUGAGGAAUGAUAGAGGAGUGGUCUUGUUUUCAGCAAGCAAAAAGGAAAAUGGGGUGACUGAUCCCAUGGAGGUGGAGUUGUUAGCAAUACUGAGAGGUCUACAACUAUGUAUUCUAAUGGGCAUUCCAGACUUGGUUAUUGAAAGUGACUCUUUAAUGCUGGUAGAGGAAUUAAACAAUAGUUCGGAGUCAAGGUCAGCUUGGGGCAACUUAGUUCAUGAAGUGAAAGAGUUGAUAAAGAGAAUACCAAGAUAUUCAGUUCAACAUAAGGGGCGCAUGGCAAAUGAGGCAGCUUACAACUUAGCAAGAUAUGCUAAGCAUCUAGAAGAUUUGAUAGUUUGGUGGGAUUCUUUUUCUGAAUGUAUCUCUAAAAUUAUUUGA